UGAAGCAGCAUCUUCAAGACUAUGAGAAGGACAAGGAGAACAGUGUGCUGUCUUACCAAACGAUCCUGGAACAGCAGAUUUUAUCCAUCGAUCGGGAAAUGCUGGAGAAGUUGACUGUAUCCUAUGAUGAAGCAGGUACAACUUGUCUGAUUGCCCUGUUGUCAGACAAAGAACUCACAGUGGCCAAUGUGGGCGAUUCGCGAGGAGUCCUGUGUGACAAGGAUGGCAACGCGAUCCCCCUGUCACACGACCACAAGCCCUACCAACUGAAAGAGAGGAAGAGGAUUAAAAGAGCUGGUGGUUUUAUCAGCUUUAACGGCUCAUGGCGCGUGCAGGGGAUCCUGGCCAUGUCCCGCUCCUUGGGAGAUUACCCGCUGAAGAACCUGAACGUGGUCAUCCCCGACCCCGACAUUCUCACCUUUGACCUGGACAAACUGCAGCCAGAGUUCAUGAUCCUGGCGUCAGAUGGUCUGUGGGACGCGUUCAGCAACGAGGAGGCCGUGCGGUUCAUCAAGGAGCGCCUGGAUGAGCCUCACUUCGGUGCCAAGAGUAUAGUUCUACAGUCCUUUUACAGAGGGUGUCCUGAUAAUAUAACAGUGAUGGUGGUGAAGUUCAGGAAUAGCAGCAAAACAGAGGAACAGUAAUUUCCAGCGGCCCUCUGCCUCGCUCUGAACUGAAAACAAACUCUUCCAUUUGCAACGUAGUAGAAAGCUCUAGUAAAUACCGUCCAGAUCCUACACGAAAGGAACAGAUCCCUCCGGUCUGUGUUCUUUGCUUAACGAAAGGAGCAAUACAACAAAUACCUUCUGAGUGAUGAUAAUUGAGUUUGUUCACAUGUACCUGCCUCCUGUGACCCUGCUGCUUCUUAGAAACUGACUGUAACCAUCCAUUUCAGAGUUUUCUUUACAGCUGUGGCCUCUCCGUUUGAUCCCUUACCUCCCCCUGCUGGUAGCCAGAGGUUGGCCGGGUGCAGAGCGGGGCCGGGGCAGUGCUGACCCAGCUGCGAGUGACCCGAGUGCUGCUGCCUCGCUCGCAGGACACAGCUUGGAUGUUUGUCAAAACACCUCACCAGGGAAAAGAAGAAUUAGACCCAGCAGUCUGCAGAACUCUGAGGGAUGCUUGUAGAGCAGAAACAGCGCUACUAAUCCUUCACAGGCAUCUGGGAAGUUGCAAUUGGAGCAAUGGUCAGCACCAUGAGUGAGAAGCUCACAGCUGCCUCACGCUGUCGAGGUGAGUGAGAGCUGCUGAGGGAUGCCCAACCUUCUCCUGAGCACAGCUCACCUGCUGGUUGUUCCAGCACUUGAGAUGGACGGGAAAACAAGGUGUCAGGAGUCGUGCGCUUUUCCAUUCCUCAGGGAGCACUGGUAGAGUGGCUCGCUCUGGAAGGAGGCUGUGCUCACAGGACUGAGGACAACACAGAGUGCAGGGCAAUGCAGCACUGCUGGGCAGGCGUGUGGGGAUGUUCAUCCCAGGAUCCACUCCCUCUGUCAGUCACAGGCCCAUCCAGUCAGUGACCCUUUCGGCCCUGCUUCAACCUUCUAGUUUCUGCAGCUGCAACAGUAGCUGGUUUAGUACCUUCCAUCUUCUCUGCAACACUCCCACCUUUCUCAUAGCUGUUUCCUGGCCAAAGACAUUCAUGCCCAUGACCUCUGAUGAGGCUGUUGACUUUUGCUUUUAUUACUUUAAAAAACUAGUUAUGGUUUCUUCAGGUUUAAAGAUGAAGGACUAAUGGAGAGGAGAGGCUUUGUGCACCUUUCUGCACACACGUGUAGUACCUGCCUGUGCUCCCUCAGAGAAGCCUCCUGAGAAGUUUUUAAUCCAGAUCUGGACAUUUGUGGCUUCCCAGUCAGGCUUAUCUGUGCCAAGUUCUAUCUCAAUGUAUACAGCUGCUGGAUGGCAGGACUAAGUAAUAGCCACAUUGCUUAUGCAAUCUGAAGGAUCUAGGGCCUGAUCCUCCGCUGCCUUAAUGAUCUGUCCUGUGUCUGGAAAGGGCUGCCAGACACCAUACCAGAAUCACCCCCAGGGACACGAGCAGUGUGGCAGAGCAACUCCCAGCAGCAGACAGGCAGUGCUGCCAGCACACCAGCCUCAGUCCUGCUCCCCUGCCUGGGCACCUCCGUGAAAAGAGGGAGAAGCAUUUUGGUUAAGGUGGCUUGCACACAUUGUUGAGCUUCCUCUUGCCAUAUGUGUCCACGGAAGUAUUCAGUUGCCUCAGCCUGAGAGCAGCUCAGUGUGUGACAUCUGUUCAUCGAGAGCAUCAUGUCAGAAAACUGAAGCACAAAGUUGCUGCCAAAGAGCAUCUUUCAUAAGGUCUAAUGGGAAAAAAUGUACCUUGUAAUUAGUCAUCUCCUCCAGCACCUGAAAGAAUUUAGCUCUUCCCAGUGGAAUUAUGAGCCAACGGUUAACUCCUGUAGCACAUAUUAAAGAUACUUCAUUUAGCCUUCAUUCUGAUUACACACUACCGGAUAGUUUCUCUCUGAUCCUGUAGUGGGGGUCAGGAAGGCUGUCACGUCCCAGCCCGGGACAGCCUCUGAGCCGGGCUCGCUGAGCUGGGCUCACAGCUCAGUCUGCUGGCAGCUGGGCCUGGGCACAGCGAGUCAGCUCACAGAGCCGUGAAGGUCACGGCUGCUCUCAGACCGCGAGGAAAACGUGGGUGAUUCCGAGCUCCCAGUGCAGGAGGUCGCUCCGAGGUUAAGCAGCUCCUUCCCUCAGGCUGAAGGCUGAGAAACACCAGUGUUAGGUGCUAAACACAGGCGGGAAGAGUCUGGCCCUGCCUGGCCCCGGCAGCUGCUGCAGCGCUGGGCAGUGUAUCACGCUGGGGCAGGGGCAGUCCCAGGUGGCUCUGUGAUGACUGAGUCGGCACCGGGGUCCUCAAAUUGCUAAAGAUGCAAAAUUUGACAUGAAUGAGCCCGUUUUACUGAAUAAACCGUUUGGAUAAGUGUAAAUGCAGUAGCUGCCAUCUGACAUCACCAAGCGUUGUGAGCACACAGUCGGUACCAGAGCUCCUGCUGACGGGACUGCAGUGUUGUACCAUUCACACGAGGUACAAUUACAAAUAAACACAAGAGGUUGUAAAGCUUUUAGAACACUGAAGUCAGCCCUAAAGCAGCACAUCAGCUCAAAGACACAGCGUUUGCCACGGAAACACACGGAAACAGCUUGAAAACCCGGGCUGGGUGUUGUUUGGCUGCCUCAGAAUACGUGCCAUCCUUGCUUUGAAUAUUCCUACAUUGGUCAUGUGUCUGAUGCUUAUUUUACAUAGAGAAACAUUUAUUAGGUGAUUAUACUAAAGAGAAAAAUCAACAAAUCCCUCAGCAGCCCUUCAUUUUCUCUUCCAUCUCAAAAUGUGCCCGUACAAAGUGGCAGAGCCAGAGCUCAGAGUGUCCUGCUGAUGUGUGCCAACUGUGCAGAGCAGGACCAUGGCCCCUCAGGGCUCUCAGGGGGGUUGGGAAUCACCUGCCUGAACCUGAGGGCUCCUCACUAAAGAGACAGGGAUGAGGAAGUUACUGUGAGGUGUAGGAAGCGGCUGUUCCACAGCGGUCUGUAGGUACACACAACCCUCUGGGUGUUCUGCUGAACACAGUGCGAAGCCAGAGCAGCUGAAGCCUCUCUAAAACCAUCAACACUGAGCAAAUCUUGAGUAUAGGUUUGGAAUCCACCUUUAUGAGCAGGUCAGCUCCUUUGUCUGCUCAGUCCUUAAAGGACUCCUGAUGAGUUGAGCAUCAGGGAAAUAACCCCCUUUUUCUGCAGCCAGCCAGCCCUAUUCUCCUGACCGCCUGUGGAGGCACAUCCGUACUUCCAGUGCUCAGAAACCUACUGCAGCCUCUGUUCCACUGAGGUAAUUAAAUGAAUCAUCAGAUAGAGCAGUUCAGGGCUGUCAAACACAGGUCUCUGGGAAGCCCUGCACUGUGUCCAGGGGGUGAGCAAUGCAGAGGAAACAACUUUCUCUGCCCUUAUUUUUGGCACUAACAAGCGUCAGGGUCAGGCUGCGAGGGCUGACGGGCUCCCCACCACACUGCCCUGGCCCUCUGCCUCUGCUCUCAGGGCACAGGAGACUGUGACACCACAACUGCCAGGGUCCAGCUCUGUUUUUUAAAUUUUCUCCUUGUGUUAAGGAAAAUUUAGUGAUGUUCCAAACAUGGAUUCACUGAAGAACGUUCUCUGGAGCGAGUACCAUUCUGCUCUUUGCUGGGUUGUUCCUACAUGUGUAAGCUGGGUGUAAAACAUGAGCAGGGGUUAGCAAUGCUAGAUUUACAAGUCCAUUUUCAUACAGUUCAAACCCCUCUGCAACAGUUGCCUGAUAGCCACACAGUUAAGAGGAGCAGGGUGGAAGAACAGCCACAACACCUGCAGUGUGUGACACGGGGUGGCUGGGACACUGGCGCUACCCUGAGCAUCGGGGGACACAGCCUGGGAAACAGGACGGCCUCACACUGAAAAUGACCCCUGGAAGCCAGCAAGGGCAGGUCAGAGCGUUGCCAACCAAAGCCCUGCACGACACACAGAUAACAACCCCCUGGGUUAAGGACAGCCUCUGCCCAGCACUGCACGGUCAGCGGUAUGGGAGAAGGGCCUCUGCAGCCUCACUGGGAAGGGUUUUCUCUUGCAGACAGAAGCAUUUGGAAGAUUUUCUCUUUCCUGCAAGCUGAGGGAAGCCAAGGCAGAGGGUUGCCAAGAGGAGCAGUUUGUCCUGGUGCUCGCACUGCAGAAACCCCCUCAGGUCACUGCAGCCUGUGGGGAGGCGAGAGGGAAACACAGCCCAGACACACAAACCACCUCAGGGGAGCUCACAGGGGAAACUCUGUCUUUGUAAAUCCUUCUUUGGGAGGAAAAGCAAGUCCCAGAGCCCUGUAAGGGCAGGUGGAUGAUGGGCAGGAGGAGCUGCAGGCGGAUGCUGCCCAUAGCCAAGGGGCAGCCAGCAGCUGCAGCCCACAGCCUGCACUUCCCUCGGGCCAGGGACAGAAAGUGGCUGCAGGACUUGGGGGAUUUAGUUUGGUUUACAGUUUUAGGUUUCUUUAAAAGGUGAUUUCAACUACACGUGAAAAAAAAUAAUCAGCCAAGUGGACCAUCUGCUUGGCUUUAUUUUGUGUUCUCUCCUUGCUACGUGGAGCACUCGCCUCUGGCUGUGACUCACAGCUUCACGUGCAACACACAACAACUGCAUCCAGUUACUGCAGGCAGCCUCACAUCCCUUCCCCUGCCCCCCCUUCUCUUCCAGGCAGGCCACUUGCCUGCAUCUUAGAGUCUUAGCAUUCAGAAGAAAUCUUGGCCUGUGGUUUAGGCUUGGGUGUUACUACAGUAUUUUAGGCAGAGGCAGUAACAUUUGGGCCCAGGGCUGAGUAAAUGCUGACAUUAGUUCAGUCUUCAGCUCUCAUACCUCUUGCAUGGCUGCUGACACCAGGAACCUUAGCUUAGGUAUCAGGUUUUAUGGUCUUUUAAGCAAUAAUAAGGUCAGACUCAACACAAGCCCAAUUUGGAAAGGAGGGGUUUUAUAAAAAGAAACAGGAGUGCUUUACAACGUACAUUUCCUGCAGACUCAUGUCACCUGAGAUUACAGUUUGUACCCUGUACAAACCCACACUGAGGAAAGCAACAGCCUUUCAGCCCACAGUCCCUUCAGCAGGACCUACAACGAGGGUGCUGUGCUGUGUGUCAUGCACAGCCCCCCUCUCUGUGAGCCUCCCUCCCCCUUCCCUCAGCAGGAGCUCUGCCUGCUUCAGCCAGCCAGGCCCUGAAGGCUGCCUGGCCCUUCAUCAUUACUUUGUUUCUCUGGACAAAGCAAUACAAACUGUGCCGCAGGAUCAGUGCUCUUGUGACAAAUAAUUUCUCUCUAAACAUGUAACAUGACAGGCUGGUAAAAAAAUAUUUAGGGUUUGUGGGUUUUUUUUAAAUAAACAAAGAACAAGUGAAGACGUUUCUGACAGAGCUCUCAGGAUCUGCCCACUGUACAACCACCAUGUAACAGACCCCAAAUCCACAGGAGCAGCUGGAGCUUCACCUCUGGUCCUAGAAGUGCAGCAGCAUCCUCCCCUGGGUUAUGCAAUACUGUCCCUUUGGCUACUUACUGUAACAAAAAAUACCUAUUUUUGAAAAACUUUGACCUUAAUAUACAUCCUUAGAACACUGACAUCUGAAACAGUGCCCUGGGAUUCUCCUCACCACCUCAUUUUUAUAGCUAAACAGAAUCACACGUGUGCUGUGUUGCCAUCUGAAAAACCUGUUGAAAAGAGCAAAGUGGAGUGCUGAUCACCAUCCCCACGUGCCCCCAAAGCCAGGGACACCGCACAGGCUGCACCAGGCACUUCUGCACCUCUUCUAAUUCGUCUCCAAGAGACUACCUGAAAGACAGCCACUGUCCAUAGGCCAUGGCGUCCGCGCCGCAGCAGGAGCGAGGGGCAGGGCUGUGUCAUUCCAGGUGUACAGGAUGUAACUAUAGGGUCUUCACGGUGUAGUGGGUGUGUCAAGAAUAAUCAUGUUAAUGCAAACUGCAAACGCUGUAUCGUUGUCUAGUAGAAGUGUAAGCCUACUGAACACUUGGCCUUGCUGAUACCAAUAAAGUGGUUCCAAUACCCGUCUUUACA